AAAGAAAUGGCUGUCCCGCCUGCCCCAUCGAGUUCACUCCCAUCAGCUACGGCGCGACUCGACUACAGUCGACUAGUUGCGACUAACACAAAACCUAUUUUCGGACAAAACGCACGUGGCAUGGUCGAGCUCACGCGUGCGCAGCAGCUCCUCGCGGCCAAGUCGCUGGCCGUCAAGCGAGAAAAGCAAGCCGCGACGGCCUCCAAGCAGCAGCUCGAUGACGCGCGGCGCGUCGAGAUCUCGCGGAAGCGGGACUUGGCCGUCGAGCAGAAGCGGUCGCAUGGCACCAAGGUGCUGGCGCAUUUCGUUGAGCGGAACCUGGCGACCUUUGCAAUGCGCGAGCCGCCCAAGGCCAAAGACGCAGCGCCGGGCCGACGCCAGCCCGAACGGUCGCAGUCGAGUCCCGCGCCGGCCACCCUCGACUUGCGGUGGCACGAGCCCGACCCGAAACACCGACCAGCACGCCAGCAGCCGCCCAACGCGUGGGCCAAAAUGUAUGCGCUCGAGCAAAUCGAGGUGCAAGCCGAAGAGCAGCGACGGCGGCAGGCGGCAAUGGCGCAGCGGGCCGACAUGAAGCGCGCCCUCGACGCGCAGAACAGCAGCAAGCGCCAGCAAGUCGCCGCCGAAAAGUCGGUCGAAUUGGCGCAUUUUGAGCAGCAGCAGCGCGAGUUGGCCAGCUACCAAGUGCUGCAGCAAAAGAAGCUAGUCGAGAAGGAGCAAAAGCAGCUGCAGGACAGUGCCGAGUUCCAGCGCAUGGUCGACGAAGCGCGGCAGCGGAAGGCGCGACAGCGCAACGCAGAGAUCCAAGCCGAGCUCGACGAUGUCGCGCGCACCAAGGCGGCGCUGGAGCAAGACCGGCUUCGGCUCGAGCACCAAAAGCUCCUCAAGGCCAAAGACGUCGAACGCGUCAAGCUCGAAAACCAAAAACUGCUCGACGAAAAACGCAAGGCGGCGCUUGCCGACCAAGAGCAGGACAGAUGCGUCCACCGACAGUACAUGGAGCGUCUCGCCGAGCAAGAGCGAAAGCGGCUCGACGCGCUCGAACGCACAUACGCGCGCCAAGAGAAGCGGGUCAACAUGGCGCUUCUCAACGUCGUCUCGGACGCCGAGAAGGCGCGGCUCGACGAAGACCGAGCCAAGCGGGUACAAGCCGACGUCGACGCGCGCACAGCGGCAAUGGAAGCCGCGAAACGCGCGCGCCAAGAGGAGAGCAACAAGCGCCAGCGGGAGGCGCUCGAGAAGCAGCACGCCGACCGCCUCCUGGCCAUGAAGAAAGAAAAAGACUCGAGUCUGCAAGCGGAUAAGGACUGGAUCCAGGAUACGCUGGCGGCCGAAGUGCAAGCUCGGGCCAAGCAAGCGGCCAAACAUGCGCAAGACAAGGCGUACCGUCAGCAACUGGCGCAGCAAAUGCUCUCGGAGCAGCGCAAGCGCGAAACCACCGACAAGUGGGCCAUGGACGCGACCGAGAUGGUGCUGAACGCCGAGCGACUGCGCAAGGCCGGCGUGGCCGUCCCCCACACAACCCACUGAGGACAGCGCCGAGAGGAUCUAAUUUAUCGCGUACAUACAUUAUUGUCUUGUGGCUCAUGAAUAUCUCCGAGA